AUCCCUUGGUUUUCUCCACACUCAAUUCACCCACAACAUAGCUAGUGGAACAGUGUAUUCUAAAAAAAUGGCUUCAAGCUCCAUAGCCCUUUUCUUGGCUCUCAACCUCAUGUUCUUCACAACAAUCUCCGCAUGCGGUAGCUGCACUCCUUGCGGAGGAGGUUGCCCCUCUCCCAAGCCCAAGCCAACUCCUAAACCAACCCCAAGCCCUAGCUCUGGCAAGGGAAAGUGCCCUAAAGAUACCCUCAAGCUUGGUGUCUGCGCCAAUGUACUCAAUGGCCUCCUCGACUUGACCCUCGGCAAGCCACCGGUCAAGCCAUGCUGUAGCCUCAUCCAAGGACUCGCUGAUGUUGAAGCAGCCGUUUGCCUCUGCACCGCUCUUAAGGCUAACGUUCUUGGAAUCAACUUGAACCUCCCAAUCUCUCUAAGUCUUCUCCUCAAUGUUUGCAGCAAACAAGUUCCUCCUGGCUUCCAGUGCUAAGCAAUCGUACCAUAUGUAAUUUCAGUACACGAAUGUGUAUAUUUAUCUUCUUGUUUUGGACAGACAAGGUGAUUCUGUUUACUCUUAUUAUUGUGUCCCUCUAUAUUUGUGUUCUUAUUACAAUCUUCUUGUUGUGGGGUUCAUUGGAGCCAAAUUGUGUCUCUAUCCGGAUGAUCCUUACGAUUCUUGAAGUUAACAGUUCCAUUAUUUCCCGUUACUCUUUAUAUUGGGGUAAUUGUUGUACUAUGAUCCUAUGAAAAUAAAUCAAUUAUAUUUUAUGCUA